CUUGCUUUGCGGGUGUUUUUCGUGAUUGUUCCGACUAUGAACCCGUCCAGGUUGGGCCUCGGGUCGCUUAUGCAGGAAAACCCGCUCUGGAUAUCGUGGCACGACUCCAACUGGAUACCGGUGCUGAAUCCCGGCAACGUGAUGGAUUACUUUUCGGAGAAAUCGAACCCCUUCUACGACCGGACGUGCAACAACGAGAUCGUGCGGAUGCAGCGGCAAAGUCUGGAGCUGCUAAACAACAUGACCGGCGUCGAGUACAUGCUGUUGCAUGUCCAGGAUCCAAUCCUGUACGUGAUACGGAAACAGCAUCGACAUUCGCCAACCGAGACCACUCCGAUGGCCGACUACUACAUCAUAGCAGGGACCGUCUACCAGGCACCGGAUUUGGCCAGCGUUCUCAACUCGCGCAUACUGUCCACCGUCCACCAUCUGCAAACUUCUUUCGAUGAGACCAGCUCCUACUCGCGCUACCAUCCGAGCAAGGGAUACACUUGGGACUUUUCUUCGAACAAAGCCAUUGCUGAAAAAACUAAAACCCAAACCAAAAAGGAGGCACCGGUGAAGGAAGAGCCAAGUUCCAUCUUCCAGCGGCAACGUGUGGACAUGCUAUUGGGUGAUUUACUUCGGAAAUUUCCGCUGCCUCUGCCACAAGUUACAAAUAGUGCGGCCGGUGGGGGCAUGAAUGAUUUGAACAAUCCCAACAGUCUCGGAGCUGGGGCGGGCGAAAACGAUCACGGUGCGCCGGACCAUACCAUAAUCAAACAAGAACCUUCCGAUGGGCUCGGUGGCCGCGGUGGCAACAAUGAGCUGCCGCCGGAGAAGAAAAUGAAAAUGUAGCCAAUAGUUCAGAUUAUUAUUUUUUUUAAUAAACCAUAAACAC